UAGGGGCAACUUGUGGAGUUGUGACACGGACGACGAGCCCCUUUUGAUUCAGGUACGUAUCCAGGGGGAUCCUACCUGUCUCUCUCCUCCUCUCUCUCUCUCUCUCUCUCCCUCCCAAUAUGAUGAUAUCUUCUCUCCGAAUCUCGCUAUAUUUAUCUACAUUCCUGAUGCGAAAAUGCACCUCUAUACGGCGAUGAAUUGUGUGCCUUUUGAUUUCAACCUACUUCUUGCAGCUAAGAAGUCAUUUCACUUUUCGGCACUCUCUUCCUUUCAGACUUAUCUUCUUCGAUGAUGAUGGCGAUAAUCUCGAGACAAUGAGAUACUAUUGUGAACAAGAGCAGCUGUGAAUCUUCUCUUUCCUAUUUCCUAUUGAUUCACUCCUAUGGCGGUUGACUCGUCCAAUGAGACUGAUGAUAGGAGAAAACAUUAAUGAUAUAGAAUCCGCGACUUCAUUCUUCUUGUACCUAUAAACAAAACUUCCUGGAUCCUCCUACUUAAGGUCCGUGGUAGUCCGUACACUUCAAUGGCGGCAAAUUUGAUCAAUGAGGUUGAAGACUUAAAUAGUCUACUUGUCUUGCCUGAGCAAGGGUGUGCUGAUUCACAGCUUGAUUCACAAGUAACAAUUCCUCCAAACACAUUCAAGGGUGAGGUGUGCCAGGAUUCGACAGUGAAAAGUGAAGCUUACUCCAAUAAGCAAAUGGAAAACAAAGAUUCCUCCUAUUCAAGUUGUCUUGUGAAGGAUAUUGAGAUUGGGAAUGCAGAGACGCUUAAAAACAAUGACAAAGCUAUGGAGAAGCUGAAAGCUGAUACUCCCCUAACUAAGGUACUGCAGCGACAGAUAAGCUUCCAAAUAAGCGAGAAAGUCAUGCAGCUGUUGAUGGAUGACAGCCUUGUUCUACCCAAAUUUGCCUCUAAAGAUAAAUGUGUGACUGAAAGGACUCAUGAUAACAGAGCAAGGAAAUACAAGAGAUCUACUUCAUUUAAUUCUCGAAGAGUGGUUCUACUUUUCUCAUUGCUGUCAAGUUUGGGAACGCUGGUGCUGAUAUACUUGACUCUAAGGGUUAGAUAUAUGUCUAAUAGUGGGUGAUGGGGUUUUGUUCACUUCACAGGCUAAUCUUUGGUACGUUGAAUGAAGGCACCUUGUUCUUCUUGUGUGUGCUUCUUUCUAUUGGUUUGUGGUUAGAGUUGCUGCUGUUAUUCUUUUUCUUAUGGACCAUAGAGGAGAGACUCAGACACUGUGUGUACAUAUAAAACUUGUGUUUCAAAUCUUCUUUUUUCAUUGUCAGCUGGCUUUCCUUUGAGUUUCA